AUGCUUUCCCCCUCCUUCCCUGGCCUCUCCGUCGCAUUCCUCUCCUUCACAACUCUUUUCGAAGAUAGAACAAACUCGUCUGUGUGGCCACGCGGAAAAACGGAGUACGGCAAGGACCUCUUUUCAUACGAAGACUCGGACAGCACUCGUACCAGCGCAGAAGACGACUGGAACGACGCUGAUCUUGACGAAAACGAGGAAGACGAUGAGGAGGACUCGGACUCGGACUCUUUCUUCGAAUGCAAUGGCGAGUCCGACGACGACACGGAGUCGACCCUCGCCACAAAUGGGUCGUCUUACCUCGACGCGCUGGACGCGCUGGAACUAGACACGACGAACAUUGUGGAUGAGAAAAAAUCUGACUCUGUUGUCAUAGAGGAAUAUGAUUACAUCGUCGACAGCCAUACAGGUGGCUCUGAGCUCAACGAUGAUGACAACACAUGGCAAAGCGACAACGAAGUGGACUUCAGUUUCAGCGCUUAUUCGCCGGACGAGCUUGAGGUUCUGGAACAGUACGCGCCGCUUCUCUCUCCAAAGGACCUCCCUCGCGAUAUUUGCCACCUUUCAAAUCCUCCAUCUCUUCCGUUCCACUUUCCCAAGCCCCGCUUGCCGCUGCGAGCGGGGUCCUAUGGGGUCAUUCGCUACCUUGUCGAGAGGGAGGAUAUUACGGUAUCUAUGGUUCACGCGCGCUUCGACUCGGAGGGAAAGUUGGUCGUAAAGAAGGAGGACCGGGAGGUGUAUUGCGCCAAGACCUGGAAAAAAAUCUCCAGAAAUAAGGCUGAUGUUGAAGCGGAGCUCAUGGCAUACAGGCGUAUCUCCAGUGGAAAAAUUGACGCCGUCCCCGGAAUUGACUUCGUCUUGAGUCUCGAUGCGUUUCUCGAGGACAAGGAUCAUUUCUAUUUCAUCAUGGAACCUAUGCGAUAUUCCUUACGAGCUGUAAUCAGGGAUCGACCCACCGCUCUAAACCGCGUUGCGCACACCCGGCGUCUCCUCUCACAAAUUGUUCUGGGAGUCGCGGCUUUGCACGCCAUAGGAAUUAUUCACCGCGACAUCAAACCCGAGAACGUCCUCAUUGACUGUGCGGGAAAUGUCCAGAUCAUGGAUUUCAACGUCAGCAAGGUUCGCCAAAUCUCGAAGCCCUACCGCCCGCAUGGUCUCUACGCCCUGGCCACAGUUGGUACCCUCCCGUACAUGGCGCCAGAAGUCAGGCUUCAACAAACCCCAUACGGGAUUGAGAUUGAUUAUUGGGCAAUUGGAUGCAUUGUGUAUGAACUAGAAUCGACAUAUGGGGAGGUUCUUUUUAAUACACGGACAAUAUUCAACAAGUGGAUUGACUCGAUAAGACAGGGUUUUAGCCGUUCUAAAUUCCUGACUAACGCUGGUUUGAAAGGCAGCGCCGUUUCCUUAGUUGAAGGGCUUGUACGCUACGACACAAGAAAGCGAUUUGGGAUACGUCAACUUCUAUUUCAUCCUUAUUUCACAGUUAAUGGUGCUUCCACAUUUCAGUUUGCAUUAGAAGAAGCCGAAAGACGCGCGCGUCAAGGAUAUAACAUCAAUAUUCCGAGAUCCUACAAAAAAAUUUUCAACCCGCACGACCCUCGUGGCAGCUCACAGGCCUGGGUAAAUCCCUGCGGCGCACUCGCCUCCUAA